AUGCGUACACAUACACCACGCGCGCGCGUGCACCUGCGCGUGUGUGACUAUCUGCAAAACAGCUCGUAUGAUUUCGAGUACACCGUUAAAUGAAAAGUUCGAUACACACGUUCGCCAUUUCGGAGUUCGCGUCGCAGUUCGCCGUUCGAUAUCGGCGCGGCGUUCUGGUCUCUUUACGAAGUUCGCAGACUGCAAGUCGCGGGUCGUUACCGAAAAGAAUUACACACAUCCGCGCUCACAGCACAGUGAAUUUGUACGUAUUCGCGAGAAUCGCGAAUUGUCGGUUGGUUUAUUCGAUGCGGUUAACGUCAUCGUGUUGCUGCGCGAUCGCCACGAUUUCACGUUCGCCACAUUAGUGAAUCAGGUAGAUAAAUCAAGUAUUUAUCAACAAACGCCAGGCGCAACGAUGCGUAUGCAAUUCGCACGAAUAUCUCCCUUUCGGAAGCUGUGAGUGAAAUAACUGCGCGUUUAUGAGUAAGCAAUUAUUUACAACGUUCGUCGUUACGUUUGAAUACCUGUUUUUUCACCGCCACAUACAUACGUCCUGCCAUUUUACUGAGGGCAGAUCUAUCGUCAAGACGGAAGGGCGAAGCAGAUUGGCGAAUUAAUUAUUAUUGUUCGCAGACACGUCGACAUUAUGAACGGUAUCGGCGAGACCGCAGGAAGAAAAAAAGAAGAGCUGCGAAAAGUAGAAGAUGAAUUCGAGGAAAAGGAGCUAGACGAUGUCGAGGAGAGAGAAAAAAAGAAAGAGCCGCCGAGGAAAGAUUUCAGAUACUACUUCAAUCGAUUCCGAUACUACCAUUAUUGCAUCGCUGACAAAGUUGACAAGUUCAUCAUGGUCGUAAGCAUGUGGAUAUUAAAAAUUAUGUUUUAUCUAAUGGGUUAUAAGAUUGAUGGGUUUCCCCCGACUGACGAAAUUGAGGAGUAGCUUUAAUUUCGACGAUAAUGCAAAUGAGUAACAACUGUGUUAUUACUUCAACUAGCAUAUGCGUAUCCUGCGAACGGAGAAUGAUGAUGAAAGAUGAUAUAAUUUUGUUGAACGAAAUAACUGUCGCGUUAUCCUGACCGGGGAAUAAAACGCGUGAAUAAAGUUGUACUGAUAAGCUCAA